AUGGAAGCUAUUCCUUCAUCUGAUGAUACUGUUACCAAGGAGUUUUCCAAGGAGACUUUGGAUCUGGAAGCCAACAGCCAGUCGCGGAUUGAAUACGAUCCAUGGCUUCUCGAUGACCAUCCCCUACGAUCACACCCGACAGAAUGUAUUCCAGGCUUGUCACUUUAUCUCGAUGAAUACUACGAAUCUAUCGGGAAGCGAAAAGCAAUUCUCUUCUGUGCUGGAUGCAUUAUCCUUGGAUGUCUGUACGUAUUGCCGUAG